AUGGCGCAUGAGAGCAGCCGGCAACGAGAGACUAAUCACGACCUUCAUAUUACCAUUCAAGACUUAAAUGAGGGCGGAGGUCAAGAUCGUGGCCGUAGGCUUCCUGAUCAAGAUGGCUCGCGUUCUCUCUCAAGAGGGGCAGGUCGAUCAAUGAGUCGUGGCUCGAGUCGCAGCUCCAGAAGACAUGUCUCUGGCUACUCCGGUCUUCCUAUCGAAUAUCGCACACUGUCCAUUCAUGUAUCCGAAUCGCGCAAUGUCGACUCCACUAGUCCGCCCGACCUCAAAGCUGUCGACGUCGACAAGGACGAUAGAGAUUAUUUCGCGAACCUUACAUAUCAUGAAUUGGAUCCUGCCCAAGUCUGCCAGCAACUUAAUGUUGACGCGGCGCAAGGGCUCUCGGACCAUGCGGCAGCGAUACGGCUUGAACGCGAUGGAGCGAACACACUGCCAAAGCCCAAGACCAACUAUCUCAAGAAGCUCUUUUUCUAUGUAUUUGGUGGUUUCUGUUCCGUAUUAUGGGUUGGCGUCGUCGUAUUCUUUAUUUGUUGGAAACCAUUGAGUGAUCCACCAUCGCCGACGAAUCUUGCAUUGGCAAUUUUAGUGCUCAUCGUUAUUACGUUUCAAGCCGGCUUUUCCGCAGUUCAAGAUUGGACAACAGCACGCACGAUGCGAUCAAUCACUGAUUUGCUCCCAUCAGAAACCCCCAUUCUGAGAGAGGGAAAGGAUAUCCUUGUUCCUGCAACCCAGCUCGUCGCCGGUGACAUUGUUCAUCUCAAGAUGGGUAAUAGAGUUCCGGCUGACCUUCGACUGCUGAGCCACUCAGGAGAUAUUCGCUUCGACCGCUCUGUGCUAACUGGCGAAUCGGAAGAGACCGAAGGCACCAUUGGAAGUACGGACCCUAAUAUUCUCGAAAGCCGUAAUAUUGCAUUGAUGGGUAGUGUCGUUGUCAAUGGUUCAGGAACUGGUGUUGUGAUAUUGACGGGAGGACGAUCUGUUAUGGGUCGCAUUGCCCACGCCAUGAGUAGUGUUCACGAAAAGCCCACCCUCAUUCAGCGCGAAAUUUGGCGAUUUGUAAGGAUCAUCGUAUGUCUAACAAUCUGCCUUGCUCUACUUAUCGCGCUCACGUGGGUCGGUUGGCUAAGACGUGGCCAUCCUGGAUACAUGAAUGUAGUGGCGAUGCUCAAUAAUGUUAUGGGUACAGUCGUAGCAUUCAUACCAGAAGGGAUGCCGAUCGCAGUAUCUCUCACUUUGAUGAUGAUUGCUCGUCGCAUGAAGGCUGUCAACGUCCUUCCUAAAGGCCUUUCCACCGUUGAGACACUGGGCUGUGUCAACGUAAUAUGCUCUGAUAAGACAGGCACAUUGACACAAAACCAAAUGCGUGUAACCUCGUUAUGCUCUAUCGACCAACAGUUAUCGCCCAACGAGGUAGCUCAAGCACUAGAGAAGGAAAGUGUGAGUCAAUCAGUCCGGAGGUUGCAUUCGGCUGCACUCUUGUGCAAUGAUGCUUCAUUUGAUCCGACCUCAUUGCAUCUGGGAUUGAAUGAACGCACUAUUCAAGGCAAUGCGACCGAUGCUGCCCUGCUUAGGUUCUUUGCGCGUGGCAAGACAUUGGAUCAACUCAAGGCGGAACAUCCUAGAGCUUACCAAAUCCCAUUCAACUCCAAGAACAAAUGGAUGCUCACCAUGCACCACGACCCUCAAUCGAGCAGCCAGACAAAUAACCAAUAUCAAGUAUUUAUCAAGGGCGCCCCGGAUGUACUGUUCGGUGGAUGCACCAAGUAUUGGUCUAGUAGGACAGAUUCUGUUCAGCCAUUAGAUGCAGCGGCGCGCAGUGCCUUCAAGGCAUUCCAGGACCAGCUAUCAACAAAUGCUGAACGAGUUAUUGUCUUGUGUGAGAAGAAAAUGGAAUCAACCAGCCAACGUGCGACGAACGAGUUCAGCGACGAGAUUGCGAGGCAUGCGGUCCGAGACCUCACGAUAAUCGGCAUUAUCGGUAUUCUCGAUCCACCUCGUCCGGAAGCUCAGACUACAAUUGCGGAAUGCCGUCGUGCUGGUGCGCGUUUUUUCAUGGUAACCGGCGACUAUGGCCUCACAGCUGCAGCCAUAGCACGCAGCUUAGGCAUUUUCACUAGCCAAGGAAAAGUCGACCACGUUGAAGAUGUUCGUAACAGACCAAUGUCGUCCACCACACCAGGUGACGAUAAAGAGUCGGAACCUGGGCGCAGUCUGUUGCUAGAGGGUUCUGUGCUGUCGAGCCUCGUUAAGGAAGAUUGGGACAUAGUCUGUGAGUAUGAGGAGAUUGUUUUCGCACGCACAACACCCGAACAGAAACUUCGUAUUGUCAAUGAGUUCCAGGAGCGCGGCAAUGUUGUAGCUGUGACGGGAGAUGGUGUUAAUGAUGCACCAGCAUUGCGUGCUGCAGACGUGGGCGUGGCAAUUGGGAGCGGGAGCGAUGUAGCUAUUGAGGCAGCCGACCUAGUCCUCCUAGACCGAUUCGACUCUAUCCUCGAGGCUAUUCGGCUUGGGCGGUUAGUUUUCCAGAACCUGCAGAAAGUCAUUGCGUACCUCUUAUCUGCGGGUAGUUGGUCGGAAAUCUGGCCGGUCAUACUGAAUGUGUUCUUCGGCGUGCCUUUACCGCUCAGCUCAUUCCUUAUGAUUAUUAUAUGUGUUUUCACCGAUUUGUUCUCGUCGCUGUCGCUUAUCAUGGAAAAUGCCGAGUUCGAUGUGCUCUCGCUACGACCCCGCAAUCAUAAGCACGACCAUCUUAUUACAGCCCGUAUCUACGGGCAGGCAUACCUCUUUACCGGCUUCAUGGAGACAUGUACUGCGCAUGCCAUGUUCUUCCUAUACAUGUGGAAGUAUGCAGGGAUCCCGAUCCACGAGCUCUUCUUCCUAUUCGGAGGGUACGGUGAUGGUUUUCAUGGUUACUCGCAAGAACAGCUUGUGGCGUUCAACAGCACGGGCCAGUGCAUCUAUUUUGUUACACUCGUUUUCUUACAGUGGGGUAAUCUCCUAGCUGUAAGGAACCGUCGACUUUCUAUCGUGCAGGCCGACCCAUUCACCAAACAACGACGAAAUCCAUGGCUAAUCUUGAGUAUGGUAAUUAGUCUCAUCAUUGUCAUAUUCGUUACUGAAGUUCCGGGUAUUCAAACGCUAUUUAGUACUACAUCGGUUCCGAUUGAAUUCUGGCUGAUACCCGUACCACUCGCCUUGGGAAUCCUCAUGAUGGAUGAGAUUCGCAAAUUACUAGUGAGAAUCUUUCCGCGUGGACCAGUAGCAGUGGUGGCUUGGUGA